CCUCUCUGUCUUCUUUAUUGGUAAUCUUGUGAAUCUGCUACAAGCGAGAAUGUGAUACAAAUCAAUGGAUUCCACGCGAAGUUCUCUGAGUUGGAGUUCUUUGACAAUCUCAGAGAAAAUUUGUGCUUCAUUUUUCCCCAUUAUUGCACUCAUUGAAGCUUGUAUUUAUGCUGUUUCUGGCUGCUUCGAAUGUCAUUACCCUCCAAAGAACAAGUUUAAUUACGACUACGCGGACCUUGCUCGACUUGCCGGUGAAUCUCGAUUUAAUGUGAAUGAAGUGGAAGCAUUACACGAGUUGUUUAAGAAGUUGAGUUGUUCAAUUAUCGAUGAUGGUUUGAUACAUAAGGAAGAGCUUCAGCUAGCCUUAUUUCAAACUCCAUGUGGUGAGAAUCUCUUUUUGGACCGGGUUUUUGAUCUUUUUGAUGAAAAGCAGAAUGGAGUCAUUGAGUUUGAGGAAUUUAUCCAUGCACUUAAUAUCUUCCAUCCAUAUGCACCAAUAGACGACAAAAUAGACUUUGCCUUUAGGUUGUAUGAUUUACGACAAACUGGGUUCAUUGAACGAGAAGAAGUUAAGCAAAUGGUAAUUGCAAUUCUGAUGGAAUCCGAAAUGAGGCUAUCUGAUGAACUGGUCGAGGAAAUUAUUGAUAAGACAUUUGCUGAUGCCGAUGCUGAUGGGGAUGGCAAGAUUGAUAAGAAGGACUGGAAAGAGUUCGUUAUUAGAUACCCGUCAUUGCUGAAGAACAUGACUCUGCCCUAUUUGAAGGACAUCACUACUUCAUUCCCAAGUUUUGUCUUCCAUACACAGGUUGAAGACUCGGAGAAAACCUAUUUGUUGUGACAAGUUGUGUACUAGCCAUAGCAUGGAGAUAUGAUUGGCGCUUGGAAUUCCGUUAAUCUGGCUAAAUGGUUUGUGCCAUCGCUAGCAAUGUCCUCCAUUAUAACAGGACAUGUUGGUCAUCAAGUCUAAAGCAGCAGCCAGCAGCUUUUC